AUGCAGAAGCCGUUCGCUGCAGGUGCGAGCCUAGAGGUUGGCGACUCGGACUGUGAGACUCCUCUGUUUAUGGCUGGCUCAGAGGGCCGCGUGGAGGCCGUGAGAUGGCUGUUGAAAGUCGGGGCACAAGCAGACAGAAGAAACUACUACGAGCAAACGCCCCUGCACAAGGCGGCAGAGAGGGGCCACGCGUCCGUGAUAGACCUGCUGGUGGCUGCCUGUGCCAGCGCCAGCGCCGACGUCACGGACAAUGGCGGCGACACGCCGCUACAUCUGUCAGCAGAGCACGGACACCUGGAGGCAACGAGAGCGCUGCUUCAGGCUGGGGCUGAUAGAGGCGUCAAAAAUGAAGAGCAGAGAACGCCACUGGACGUCGCAAUCAAGCACAAUAGACAGGAAGUCGUAGAUAUUCUGAUGAACUACUCUUCCUGA